AUGACGAAUCUCUCAAUCUAUCUGAUUAAGCACUUUCCAUAAACCCUUCAAAUAGUCUACCUCUUGAAUCCGAAGUUUAAUCCGAAGGUAUCAAAUUUUUUUAUUUGCAGGUAAAUGUUUACAAGAUUAAUAAUAAUAAGAAGUAGCUUUGA